AUGGGUUUGGCUGUUUUUGAGAAUGAUAAAAAUUUGUCAUUUAAUGGUGUGGACAAAAUAGUGGACGACGUUUACAAGGACAACUUGAACUUCCUGCUAAAGAGCAACAAGAACGAACUGGAGCGGAAGGAAACUGACCAAUUCAGUUUCAGCAUCGACAACCUGUUGGUUCUGCUGGAGGAGGAGGAACAGCGACGAUACAGCGAGAGGGAUAAAAUGAAGGACACCUUUCAAAGCAUAGCCUUGCAGCUAAAAAACGUGAAAAAAUCGGUUAAGAAGGCGGAGAAAUAUCUUGAGAACAAGGAAAACGGGGAGAUGAUUGCGGGCUCGCACAAGGUGCUGGAGGACAUCCAAAAGCGCAUCCAUGAUUUGUGA